GUUAUUUUCAUUUGGUCGAGGAAAAAAAGCAACAGGAGAAGUAGGAAGCCAGUUGUCAGGACUCGUUUCAGGAUCUCAUAAGUGAACAUUUAUUAGUGCGAGACAAUUGUAAAUAAUCUCAACCGAUACUUUACAAAGUAAAAAAUCUGUGUUAUAUUACUCACAGAAAAUUUGUUUUAAGUAAGGAUAUCUAUAAAGUUUAUUGAGAGUAGGUUCAAUAUUCUUGGGUGGAUCAUGCGAAGCAGAACAGAGCUUGUUACGACACGACUAGAGGACUCGGACUUCGAGGAUGAAUCAGAUUUUGAGGAUUCAGAAGAGGAUUGGCAACCGGCAAAAGGCGAACAGAAAACAAAAAAAGUCAGGACCACAUAUCGUGCUAAAAAAGUAGACACUGCCGUCAAAGGUAGCCCGAAAAAGCAACCCCGCAAACCGGGUAAAAGAUCGAAAAAAGUAGCUAAUUCCGAUGGGGAGAAAAAUGCCGAUGAAUCGUCCUUAUCUGGUCAAGCAUCAACUCCUGCGAAAAAGCCAAGAAGAUCGCUCAAAGAAAAGGCGAAAUCGACAAACACAACAGCUCAUGCUACGACGCUUGAACCAACGCCGGCCGUGAAGCAUGAGCCAACGACUUCAGCACCUGUAGUACUGAAGCCACAGCCACAGCAACGUAAAGUUGUUACACCUUUAAAAAGCUUUCCAGACAAAUGCGGAUAUCUAAAUCUCUACAUAUUUAAAGGAGAUUUAAAAGACGGAAUUAUAAACAAUCCACAGGUCUGUUUGUGGCGACGAGACGGAUCGAGCUUAUUGCAAAAAUAUUUGCGCGACAAAAGUGCUGAUGGUGACACACCACAGUUCAAUUCCUGUAUGGUGUAUUCGUGCUGGGAAGACAAACGGGCCGAUGAAUACUUGGAGAUUAAAGUUAAAUGUAUCGAUCUGACCAAACAGAUCAGGGUGGAAUUGACGAACGCAAGCGAAUUGGAAGCCAAAUCACGUGUAGAGUAUGAUAAUUAUGUGGCUGUUCACGGGGUUCCACCUCCUAGAACAACUCCAUCCAAAGAUUUUCAAGGAUCCAAUCAUCAUGAAGAUGACGACGAUGAUGAUGAUGACGAUGAAGACGAUGAUAUCGACGAAGGCAACGAUAUCGAAAAUGAUGAUGGUAACGACGAUCCGGAGGAUGGGGAAGGAGAAGGUAGUGAAGAUACAGCACAGGAAGAAUGAAACAAACCGUAUAUCAAAUAAUCUGACCGUUGGAUGGUAGAAGACUGUUCGUAAAAAUCAUGAUUCCACAUAUAACCCAUUACCAACUGCGUCGAAUACAGCUUGAUAUUUUCAUAAUAACAUAUACUUUCGCCAAUCAUUGGAAAAGGCAGAUCCUACCUUACGUCUCCACUCAGUCGGCGUUUAUAUAUGGGAGUUUCCCUACAGCACGAUGAAAUAAAUUGUAACCAGCUGUCAAUAACUAAAUACACCCCACUCCAGCCGUAGCUGAUCAAUAGAUUCAUUGUUAUAAAUGGAAAUUUGUGAAAGAUAAAUUAUCAUUGUCAUCAGGAUUCGUUGGUAUUUACUUUCAAGUACAAUCCUGAUCUGCAUUUUUAUUUCAACUUUACAAUUGUAAUAAUGGAAAAACUACUCGGAGAAUAAUAAAACUUAUGAAAGUAUUUCAAAAA